GCGAUGUCUGUCGUAGAUGGAAGCCAGAAUGCAAAGUUUUAGGAUGUUUAGAUUCAUUAUGAUAUUCUAUCUCAUCGUUCACGUUCGCGCAAUGAAAGCUGAUGAAAAAGGUCGGAGACAACUUUGCAGAUAUUGGUGUAGGACGAUCGAUCAUCGAUAUUACUGUUGUCCAAGUGGAGAAGCUGGUAAUUGGCUGAAAUACGUCUGGCAUUCUUUUCUGAAUCCGCUAUGGAUGGUCGCUGUUGAAUCUCCACCAUUAGAAUUGUUGUUGCCAGAAAUAUUUGUUCAUGAAAAAGAAACUAAGAAGUAUUGUCCACCAUUGAGAAUCCAUUGCCCACGAACAUACGAUUGGUACUCUCCGUCACCGACUUCUUGCGAUGACGAUGAAGAUUGCGACAAAAAAGAGAAGUGCUGCUAUGAUGUUUGUCUUGAGCAUAAAACGUGCAAACAUAUUGAAUAG